UCAGGAUGGGAGGCUGAUGAUGAUGAUGAUGAUGAUGGCUUUCUGGGUUUCUCUGUGAGCUUCGGGCCGAAAGGUGAAAUGAUGAUCGCCGCUUUAAUGACUGAAGAAGAGCUCGAGAUGAUGAAGAAUGACUGAAUGAGCGCGCUGUCUGGCUUAGAAACUUCCAGAAGUCCAGAUGGAGCAGGAUGUUGAGAGCACGAUCACAGUCCGACAGCCCAAGCUGCCCAAGCAGGUGCGAGAAGAUAUCCCCAAACUGCUGCAAGAGCGAGAGCGCGUCAAGCAGAAGGUCCAGCGCUACGUCCGCAAAGACGGCAAAUGCAAUGUCCACCACGGUAACGUGCGCGAGACCUACCGUUACCUGACGGACAUCUUCACCACGCUGGUGGACCUCAAGUGGAGGUUCAACCUCUUCAUCUUUGUGCUGGUUUACACAGUGACGUGGCUGUUUUUUGGCUUCAUGUGGUGGCUGAUCGCCUAUAUACGAGGUGAUCUGGACCACAUCGGAGACAACCAGUGGACUCCAUGCGUCAACAACCUCAACAGCUUUGUGUCAGCAUUCUUGUUCUCUAUAGAAACGGAGACGACCAUCGGGUAUGGCCACAGGGUGAUCACUGACAAGUGUCUGGAGGGCAUUGUCCUUCUGCUGGUGCAGUCUGUGCUGGGCUCCAUCGUCAACGCCUUCAUGGUGGGCUGCAUGUUCGUGAAGAUCUCGCAGCCCAAGAAGCGCGCAGAGACUCUGGUGUUCUCCACCAACGCUGUCAUCUCCAUGCGCGACGGGCGACUUUGUCUGAUGUUUCGUGUCGGGGACCUGCGGAACUCACACAUCGUGGAGGCGUCGAUCAGAGCCAAACUGAUCAAGUCCAAACAGACGAAGGAGGGAGAGUUCAUUCCCCUCAAUCAAACGGACAUGAACGUGGGUUACGACACCGGCGAUGACCGGCUCUUCCUGGUGUCUCCACUCAUCAUCUGCCAUGAGAUCAACCAGCACAGUCCGUUCUGGGAGAUCUCCAAACAACAUCUGGCCAAGGAGGAGCUGGAGAUCGUGGUCAUCCUGGAGGGCAUGGUAGAAGCCACAGGAAUGACGUGUCAAGCGCGCAGCUCGUACGUGGCCAGCGAGAUCAAGUGGGGUUACCGCUUCACGCCCGUCCUGACCCUGGAGGACGGUUUUUACGAGGUCGACUACAACAGCUUCCACGAUAUCUACGAAACCAACACGCCAAGCUGCAGCGCACGAGAGCUGGCGGAAAUGACGGCGCGCUCCCGCCUGCCACUCACCUGGUCAGUGGCGAGUAAACUGAGUCAACAGGGUCUGCUGGACUCACGGGACAAACUGCCAGAGAAGAGUGGAGACGCCGACGAGCUGACGGAGAGAAACGGAGACAUAGCCAACAUAGAGAACGAGUCGAAAGUGUAGAAUGAAAUGAGAAUCUCUCGCCUCUCCUCUGCGCCGCCGAACUUUUGGCUGAGGUCAAAGGUCAGCUCAGGAAAGCACCCCAGAGUCGGUCCGAGGACACGGACCCCCCCCCCCAAAUCUCACGCACUUCUCUCUUGCGUGUCGACGAACAAAUUCUCGGGCGAACUGCAUGGUUUCUGAAACAAUUUUUUUCUUAAAGAUAAGAAACAGUAUUUUCUGAUUUGUAAUUCAAAGAUUAAAACCUAUAUAUGAAUAUACAGUAUAUAUAUAUAGAUCUAUUCUAGGGCAUUUGCAUUUGUAUUUUUUGUAUAUAUAUAUUCAAUGUUUGUUCAGUUGGAGAAGUGUGAAUACUUAAGGUUGUUUGAUACGAUUCGUCUGUAUAUUCUGCCUUCUGGAACUGUUUUGGUUUACACAUAUUUAUUCACGCAUGGACAAACAAAACCCUGUGAUUGAUUUACUCUGAUGUAUAUAAUUGAAAUACUGUAGGCCAUAUUACAGGACACACAGGAGCUCUUUAUACUGGAUGCAAACCUGGACUAUAUGAGUGGCCCGCUGAGGACAAUGUGGAUUUGAGGAUAUUUCGGUCUGAUGAGUGUGUGUGUGUGUGUGUGUCUGCUCAAAUAACCUUUCAUACUGUCCUGUAACCAUGACCACAUUUAUUUCACCUCACUUUGAUCUUAAUUGAAUUCAUAAAUCUAAUUUGAGUCUUUACAGCUGUAUCACUCUUUAAACUUAAAGGGACAUUUUACAGAAAUUUAAAAAUCUGUCAUCAUCAUUUGCUCAAAUUCAUGUUGUUCCAAACCCACAGGACUUUCUUUCCUCUGUGUACAUUUUUAAGAAUCUUUCCAUCUCUUUUCCAUAAAACGAUGCACCUGAGAAGCAUUUGAUAUAAUUUGUUAAUCUGAAUUUGAACAGAGAUUUUAGAGCUUUAUUGGAAGGGAAGAUUUUCAGUGAAUAACGACUUCAAUUUGUGUUAAUUUCACACAUAAAGCUAUCACAUGACUUCAGAAGACUUCGAAUAAAGAGGAUUUUUUUUGUCCUAUUUGGAGCUUGACAGUUGUGAUCAGUGUUGCAUGGAAAAGAGCUGCAUGAAGAUUAUUCAAAAUGUCAAAAAAUGGGUUUGGGACAACAUGAGGGUGAGUAACUGAUGUUGGAAUUUUCAUUUCUGGUUGAACUAUGAUAGCGUGUGACUGAAUGUGUGAGUCCCAGAAGACGGAUGAAAGUUGUUUGCACGUUUCUCCCCACAGACACUCGCUUACUCUCUUUUUCAUUCUGCUUUUGUUCUUUUUGUCAGACAGCAACAGCAGACGUGAUUCUGAUCAUGUGACACAUUGGCGUCACUCACACCCGAGACCAAAGAGACGAACCCACAACAUCAUCUAAAGCAAUCAAUCACACAUACAGACACCUCAGUGUUUAUCAAUCAACAUGAUGUGAGAAUGGACUUCAGUCAGGUAGAUGUUGUAUUUAAUUUGAAGAGAAUAGACGUCUGUUCAGUGAGUCGAACUGUUGUGUACUAUGGCUUUGAUUGUGCAGUUGAUGAAACAUUGAUAAGAUGCUGAAAACACGUCUUUCAAAAGAAUUUACAGCUGACAAAAAACUCUCGAAAACGUGGACUGUGGUCUAGUUUAUAUUAUUAAAUACACAUUUGAAGCUUAAAGCAAUAGUUCACCCAAAAAUGUAAAUUCUCUCAUCAUUUAUUCACCCUCAUGUCAUCCCAGAUGUGUGUGACUUUCUUUCUUCUG